AGCUCCCGGCACGCAGCGCGGCCCCGGUUCCGUCGCGGGGCGGAAGGUGGCGGUGGGCAGGCCGGCAUGGCGGCUCCCGCGGCGGCGGAGCCGAGGCCGCGGCGCCCCGGCAAGAAGAAGGCGGCUGAAGCAGUUGAUGAAUCUGAGCUCCUCACCGUGCCAGAUGGAUGGAAGGAGCCGGCUUUUACAAGGGAAGAUAACCCCAGAGGGCUGUUGGAGGAGAGCAGUUUUGCAACGUUAUUCCCCAAGUAUAGAGAAGCCUACCUGAAGGAGUGCUGGCCGCUGGUCCAGAAAGCCCUGAGUGAGCAUUAUGUGAGUGCAACACUGGAUCUAAUUGAAGGAAGCAUGACUGUCACUACUACUAAGAAGACUUUUGAUCCAUAUGCAAUCAUUAGGGCUCGAGAUUUAAUAAAACUCCUAGCCAGAAGUGUUCCGUUUGAACAGGCAGUUCGCAUCCUUCAGGAUGAUGUUGCGUGUGACAUCAUUAAAAUAGGAUCUCUGGUGAGAAACAGAGAAAGUUUUAUAAAAAGAAGAGGACGACUUCUUGGGCCAAAAGGAUCUACUCUGAAGGCCCUGGAGCUGUUAACCAACUGUUACAUUAUGGUGCAAGGCAACACUGUUUCAGCACUUGGACCUUUUAGUGGGCUGAAAGAGGUUAGAAAAGUUGUUCUGGAUACAAUGAAAAACAUACAUCCCAUAUAUAACAUUAAGACUUUGAUGAUCAAACGGGAAUUAUCAAAAGAUCCUGAACUGAGGACACAAAAUUGGGAAAGAUUUUUGCCGAAGUUCAAGCGGAAGAACUUGAAAAAACGCAAGGAGCCAAAGAAGAAAAAUAUUAAGAAGGAGUACACACCGUUCCCGCCUCCACAGCCAGAAAGCCAGAUUGAUAAGGAAUUGGCAAGUGGCGAAUACUUCUUGAAAGAAAGCCAGAAGAAACGAAAGCGAGUGGAAGAGAUAAAGGCAAAGCAAGCAGAAGCAGUCAAGAAAAGACAAGAAGAAAGAAAUAAAGCUUUUAUCCCACCGAAGGAAAAGCCAGUUGUGAAAGCAAAGAAAGCCCCCACUGAGAAAAAAAUUGAUAUUGAAGCCAUCAAGGAAAAAGUAAAGAAUGCGAAGAAGAAGAAAUUAGGAGCACUUCCUAUGGAAGAAGUCAAGUUAAAAAUGGCAGCAGAUGAAAAGAAAAAAAAGAAAAAGAAGUAAUUUACCACUUGAGAUGCUCACUUUUCUCCUACAUUAAUGAAUGUUUUCACACUUGGAAGAUCCGAGACUUGGAGUAAACCAUUUCUUGCUAUUAGCAUAGUGUGGACAAGAAAAUACAAGAUAGAAAGAUCAUUCUCUUUUCAUAAGCACAUUUUAACUAAUGGACCUAAUGCGGCUGUGCAAAAUUGUCAGGGUUGGUGUAGAAAAUUUUCUCUGCUGUAUAGUUUGAGGAAGUAAGACAAUAUUUGUGUAAUAUCCAUCUGCCUAAAGCAAAUGUUUCAUAAUAGAAACAUUUAGGAGUAUGAUGCAGAAUGUUAAACAUUGAGAGAACUCAGUAGGAGUUUAAGGUAAUACUUCUAUGAAAGACUACCAGAUAAGAUUAGGAAAAUGACAAAAUUUAUUACAAUAUUAUGCUUUUGUUUCUGUAAAAGCUAUUUUUUAAUGUCUUGGUGUUAAUAAACUAUUGUUCUU